AUGGAGGAUGAAAUUUCAGCAAACCUGUCUGAAAUCGUGGCAGUUGAAGAUUAUAUUGUGAGAGGCAGAAUUGGAGAAGGGCCUCUGUCCAUCGUUUGGAAAGCCCAGCACCGAUUCACCGGCGAAGAAGUAGCGCUGAAGCAGGUCUACCUCUCCAAACUCAACAGAAACCUUAAGGACUGCCUGAAUUGCGAGCUCAACUUCCUGUCCACUGUCAAACACCCCAACAUUAUUCGACUUAUCGAAAUAAUCCAGGCUGAAGGGUACAUAUUCCUGGUAUUGGAAUUCUGUUCCGGGGGAAAUUUAGCUUCUUACAUCCAGCACCAUGGCAGAGUUCAAGAACCGGUUGCCAGAAGAUUCACACAGCAGCUUGGAGCAGCUUUAGCAGUACUACAUGCCCACCACAUCAUUCAUCGAGACCUGAAACCAGAGAAUAUUCUGCUAUCAAGCCCAGACAGUGAUGCAGAGCUAAAAAUUGCGGAUUUCAGUCUCUCAAGAAUUGUACAACCAGGUGACUACGCAGAGACAGUUUGUGGGACCCCAUCGUACAUGGCUCCUGAAGUUUUGCAAUUCCAAAGAUAUGAUCCAAAGGUUGAUAUGUGGAGCUUAGGUGCAGUUCUUUUUGAGCUUCUGAAUGGAUAUCCACCUUUCUAUGGAAGGAGCAAUGUACAGCUCCUACAGAACAUCAAGAAGUGUACAUCUCUGCCAUUUUGUCAGCUUAUCCUUCCUGGUCUGCAUCCCGACUGUGUUGACAUUUGUUGAAGACUACUCUGUAUAAAUCCAGGUUUAGCAUUUCAGCUUUAUCAAUUUCACAAGCUUCUGUUAUCUUACAUUUACCCCCAAAUAGAUAAUGAAUUUAUGCUUUUUUGUAGUGAAUCGCUUGUCCUUUGAUGAAUUCUUUUGGCAUAAUUUCUUG